AUGGUUUCGAUUGCCCACCAAAUAAAUAUUUACAAGUUUCUAGAUCGUAAGGCCCCUGCUAAGCACUUUCUUGCCUCAAGCAAAAUCUUAAGGGGCGGUCGGAGCCUGCCAAAAAUUUCGAUACAACACUCUGAUGAGGAAGCUGUAGAAAAAUCAUUCAAAGAUCCGAAAAAAGGCAAUAGUGCUGAUAAUGGCGGUAAAGGAGACGGCCUUAUUCCAAGCACAAGUGCAUAUCUAAUGGACAGGCGAGAAAUAACCUCCGAAAUGCAUGGGACACCCACAACCAAUGAGAUGGGAAUCAUCUGGUCCUCCAUUUGA